CCGUGUCCCCAAAUCCAACCGAGUCGCGAUCUCCCCCACAGAAAAACAGAGCCGCGCACGCAUCGUUGGCCCAGCUCUCCUCCCCUCCCGCAGCUCCACCUCCGCCUCCGAGUCCGGCGACCGCGAGCAACCCAGCCGGAGACAGCGCGAUGGGGCUGUGCUCGUGCUGCUGCCGGUGCCUGGAGAUCAUGUGCGCCAUCCUCCUCCCGCCCCUCGGCGUCUGCCUCCGCCACGGCUGCUGCUCCAUGGAGUUCUGGAUCAGCGUGCUGCUCACCAUCCUCGGCUACCUGCCGGGCGUCCUCUACGCCGCCUACGUCAUCUGCUCCGUCGACCCCGACCGCGUCCGCCGCCGCGACGACGACUACAUCUACGUCGCCUGAGCAGCACUCCUCCCCUCCCCCGCCGUGUGGUCUUUCUAUGGGAUUAGGUUAGUGGAAUGAACCAGUUCUGUUCCGGCCCCCCGUACACUUUGGAUGACAGAUUAUACCUGAAAUUGGAUCCAGAUUUGCUGGUAAAUGCAGUUACUUCUUA